AGUUAAACCUUCUCUUCUUCAUCGCUCAAAUUACACAGUGAGACUUUAAAUUCGGCUGGACGUAGAUGGAGUGUGAUUUCUAGGAGGUAGCUGUGUGAUACAAAUAGGUAGAUGGAGUGUGAUUUCCAGGAGAUAGCUGUGUGAUACAAAUAUUCAUUUUAUGUACCUAAAACUAUAUUCAUUGAAGUGUUAUAGAUGUUCUGUUCACCACCUGUUUGAUUAAUUUUCUCAGAGAACAUAACUUUUUCACUUGUUUCAUUUCUGUAAAAUUCAAGAGUAGUAUUUGAAACUACAUGGUUUUCCUCAAAUAAGAGGAUGUUUCUGCCGAAACCCAGAUGGAAAGAUUUAUUAUUGCGAACUAUCAGUACAGGAGAGCAACAUGUUUUGUGCUCUCUCUACUCCACAAUGCCACCUGUCCUGCCAUCAUCAGAACUUCAAGAGCUAUGUCGGGUUGUUUCCAGUGGAAUUGGCAGCUUAGAUGACUUGGAAGCGAGUGUUAGUAACUUCUCCGUUCCUAUUACUGCGUCCGCCAUUACCCAAGUCCUUGAUUCCUGUAAAAACGAAGCAGCCACAAGAAGGCUGUUGAGAUUCUUUUCUUGGUCGCGGAAGGAUUUGGGUAGUGAGUUAGGAGAUGAGGUUUUCAAUCACGCGAUUCGGCUUUUUUCUGAAAAGAAAGACUUUACAGCAAUGGACAUUUUGAUAUCAGACCUUGGUAAGGAGGGUCGUGUGAUGGAAACCCAGACUUUUGGUGCUGUAGUUCAGACAUUGGUUAAGUUAGGGAGAGUCGAUGAAGCUUUAGGGAUUUUCAAGAACUUGGGCCAGUUCAAGUGCCCCCAAGAUGGUGUUACUAUCACUGCCAUUGUUAGUGCUCUUUGUUCCAAAGGGCAUGCUAAGAGAGCAGAAGGGGUUGUUUGGAAUCAUAAGGGUAAGAUUUCUGGCAGGGAGUUUUGUAUUUAUAGGAGUCUACUUUAUGGGUGGUCUGUGCAGGGGAAUGUGAAGGAAGCUAGGAGAACUAUAAAAGAGAUGAAGUCUGCUGGUAUUAUGCCUGAUCUUUUCUGCUUUAACACAUUCCUCAGUUGUCUUUGCGAGCGGAACCUUAAAUCUAAUCCUUCAGGUCUCGUUCCUGAAGCUUUAAAUGUAAUGAUGGAGAUGAGGACUUAUGGCAUUGCCCCAACCUCAAUCAGUUACAAUAUAUUGCUGUCUUGUUUGGGUAGAACCAGAAGAGUCAAAGAAUCUCUUCGAAUUCUCAAAACAAUGAGAAAAUCAGGUUGUUUUGCUGACUGGGUCACUUAUUAUCUUGUUGCAAGAGUUUUGUAUUUGACUGGUAGAUUUGGUAAAGGAAAGGAAAUAGUUCAUAAGAUGACUGAAGAAGGGCUGGUUCCAGAACAGAAGUUUUACUAUGAUUUAAUUGGUGUUCUUUGUGGAGUUGAGAGGGUGAAUUAUGCUCUUGAGCUAUUUGAGCUGAUGAAACAAACCUCGAUUGGUGGUUAUGGGCCAGUUUACGAUGUGCUUAUACCAAAAUUUUGUAGAGGAGGAGACUUUGAAAAAGGUAAAAAACUUUGGGAUGAGGCGACAGCUAAGGGUGUGGCUCUUCAUUGUUCGAGUGAUGUGUUGGACCCCUCAAUCACAGAGGUGUUCAAGCCAAAAAGGAAGAUGGAGGAGAGAGUCAACCUUGUGGAUUAUGCCCCACCCAAAACUCGAGCACAAAUAAAGAAGUCUUGUGGAAAGCAAAAGAAAAUAAAGAAGAAGAAGAAGAAGAAAAAUACUGCUCCAACUUAAUUGUUAUAUCUCCUUCAUCGCCCCUCCUUUGUUAUAGUC